UGCGCAUUUCAACGGUGACGUCAUUAAUGCGCGCCUUGUGUUUACAGACAGCCGUCAAAAUUUAAAAUGUCAACUGUUUUAACCCUAAAACGAGUCCGAUUUAAAUAUCGAUAUGAGUUUGUGUGAAGGAUACGCUGACAGAAAAUUAUACUGUGCUAUUAGAAAUAAUCUUUAUUGAAGGAUACAGAUUUUGUGAAGUGUUAGGUCAUUAUAAAGUUUGGGUAUGAUGUAACAUGGCACCUGCAGGCGGUGUCUUCAUGUGAAAACAUGGAUAAAGCAGAAGAUCUGGAGACACUUGGUGAGGAACUGUACUCUCUGAUUUACCCCAAACACAAAGAGAAUGCUGGAAAACUCACAGGUAUGCUGCUGGAGUUGCCAGGUCCUGUUCUGAGUCAGAUGGUGCAGGACAAGGCCACGCUGUCCGCAGGCGUGGAGAAAGCCCUGCAAGCCCUACAGCUGGCACAAGAACCCAGCAAGACAUCGCGUAAGGACGACGAUGACCUGUCUGUGUCUUCUGACUCUCUGGGCGAGCAGCUGUUUGAGCUGGUGGAUGUUUACAACACCGGCCACUCCCAGAAAAUCACAGGAAUGCUCCUGGAACAGCACAAACAGGCCAUUUUAAACCUUCUUUCUGACCCCAAACUACUGGAAGAGCAGGUGAACUUCUCCCUGAAGACACUGAAGGAGCAGAACAUGGAAGGGACAGACUUUAGUGACGCUGACGACGCAGAGAGGCUCGGCGAGAAGAUCUUCCCACUAGUGGAAGAGCUGGACCCUCUCCAUGCAAAUGAUAUUACAGGUAUGCUGCUGGAAAUGGACCCAGCUGCUCUCCACCAGCUGCUCAGUGACCACACGAUGCUGAAGGUCGCCGUUCAGAAAGCGCAGGCUGCACUGGACUCGUCGAAUCAGACUCUCUCUACUUGACCAGAAGAGCAUUGCAAUAUUUUACACACAUAAUAGUAAAUUAAUGAUUGUGAUUAACUCCGAUAAUAUAAUGCUGGGAAGUGUGAACACAUCCCUUUAGGAGAUCAUUUGACUUUAAUAAGCAGCUAACUAAAAAAAUACACUUUGUAAAUAAUUGAAAAGUCUAGUUAGCCCAAACUGAUAUUGCCCUUUGGAAUUUGGGUGCUCUCUUUGUUAGCAUCAUAAUCAUUGUCACUUGAUAAAAAUGUUUACAGCAGAAGUGUUGCCAACAGUCAUGCUAUGACAACUUUGUUUUUGGACUGUACAUAAUGUAGGUUUGAGUUGAUUAAAUGUUUCUGCCAAGAGAAAAUAAGGCAAAUUGUACAUAUAAAUGAAGAAGUAUGUUUUCAUUGCAUUUGAAUGUAUAUUACGGAGACUUAUGAAUGAAAUGUGUUAAUCCCGUCCAUCUACAUUCAUUUAGUCUCCUGGCUAAAGGGCCACAACAUGCUAUCAAAUACAUAGCUAAAAUUAAAUUAUACCGAGGGGGAAUUUCCUCUUAGUCAGCCUUUCCCACACAACAGUUAUUUACAUUCUUGUUAGAUCUGUCAACUUUGAUAUACA